GAGAGCAUUGAGCAGAUGCAAUAUUGCAAGUUAGAGUGAACAGUUCGCUAACUUCACUCUAGUUAGUUUAAUUACUGUUCUUUGGUAGUACUUUGAGUUUUAGGGAUAUGGUGUGCGUGCAUAUAAAAACCACACAUAUGUAUGCCCAACGAAGUGAAUUUCAGUAAAGUCAUUGAAAGAACUUGGAAACUGCCUGGUGAUUCUCUGCAAAUAAGUGUCAUCACACACAGUUCUGACCGACUGUCUGCAGCGUUUCGAAUCAAUCCGAAUUAGUGUCUACAACUAAAACCCCUCUAUUUCAGCUUGACACAUGCACAGAGUGUUAGAUGGUGCUAUAGGAUGUAUAAUCAAGCUUGAAAUCAUGAAAAAGUCUUAUUGAAGAGAAAAAUGGCUUAAACAUUACUGUUCAAUGUAAACUUUGCCUUACAAAACAUAAAGAUGCUGUAAGCGAGUUUAGCUGCUCUGGAACUUUCAUUAGACUGAGCCGUUGAAUUGGUCAUAAAUUGGCGGCGGUAUGGCAGAAAUUGCUGUUUGGGGAAAUAUUAGUAUGCUAUCCCAAACUCAGCCAUAACCCUUCAGCUUAGGUGAGACUACAAGGUUAGCCUAAAAUAGCAUAAUGUGGCAAACAGACAUUAUAUAGACCUUGUUCACGGUAGCGUCAUCUUUCAUUUUUAAUGGGAAUGACAACGAGGCUGUGAGGGAUAGACUAACCAUCUCUAUAAUGGCACAGACAGUAUAAAGCUGUAAAAAGCUCCAAGAUCACAUUUGAUUUUCCACAACUCAUGUUGUCUGGAGUUUUUUGUCUACUGAAUGUUCUUGGAAAUAUGUUUUUUCCAGUGUUUUGUCUGCGGAACGAUCCAAAAACACUUUAAACUGCAGUACAUUCCUCACAGUCUCGUUGUCAUUCCCGUCAAAAAUCAAAGAUGGUUUUAUGUUGCAUAUCUAACAGAGAAUAUUUAGCAGAGAUAGGCCACUUCUAUUAAAAAUGAAUGGGAGAAAUUGAAACGCUCAACCAAGCAGCUCAGCUGAAGUAGAGAGAAAGUCCCGCCUUACAGUUAAAAGAGCCAAUCACAUUUUAAAUACAUACAUUACCUGUCAAUCAACUUUGGAAAGCGCAUGCGUAUUAGCUAUACAAGCUGGAAAAAUUGCGUUUUUUCAGCGUAAUAUGAUAUAAAGAAUCACAAUUAUGACCCCAUUAUUGUAAAAUAUCAGUGCUGAUUUGAAAUAUGUUGUUUGAUCGUAAUCUUGACAAACCGUUUCAGAGAGUCCGGUCGUUCUCCAUUUAAGUAGCUAGGAGCUGCACUUGCAUGACUGGAAAUAGCCUCCCAAGAACAUUCCCACCAGGGGACUGAUUUGCUUAAAAGACUUUGAUAUCUAAACAACUUCGGACGAACACAUUUGUAUUAUUAUUUGAAUUAUCACUCUUUGUGUCAUAAGCAUGUCUUUAGACCUUAAAACGCCCAAACUUUGUGUUGUGAAAUCUUCCCAGUAAUGCGCUGCUGUGGACGGCACCAUGUAGACUGGGAAAUAGCUGUUUGUCACGGCCUGUCAUACUUCACUACGCACGGUAGGCGGCAGAAAUAGGUCGCACUGGAUUCGCUCCACAAGAAGAAGAUCUAGAAAGAGGACUGGUGGAAGAUUCUGGAAGUCUUUUUUGUACACUGCACAAAAGGCGAGAAGGGAUUUCACCAUUUUUCACGAAUUACCGGUUUGAAGGCAACUAUGGUGAAAGAGACUGGGUUUUAUGAUAUGCUGGGUGUAAAGCCCAAUGCCAAACCUGAAGAGUUGAAGAAAGCCUAUCGUAAACUGGCAUUGAAAUAUCACCCAGAUAAAAAUCCAACGGAGGGGGAGAAGUUCAAACAGAUCUCCCAGGCAUAUGAGGUUUUGUCAGAUGCCAAGAAGAGAGAAGUGUAUGACAGAGGUGGCGAGAAGGCAAUUAAGGAGGGAGGAAGUGGAGGGCCAAGUUUUGGCUCCCCCAUGGACAUUUUUGACAUGUUCUUUGGAGGAGGGGGACGCAUUCACAGGGAAAGGAGAGGAAAGAAUGUGGUGCAUCAGUUGACAGUGUCAUUGGAGGACCUUUAUAAUGGAGCCACUAGAAAGCUGGCUGUCCAGAAGAAUAUAAUCUGUGAAAAGUGUGAAGGUCGGGGGGGCCGUAAAGGAGUGAUAGAAGUGUGUUCAGUGUGCCGUGGGGUGGGCGUACAGGUCCGAUUACAUCACUUAGCACCUGGCAUGGUACAGCAGAUAUCAACAGUCUGUGCUGGCUGUCAGGGACAAGGCCAACGACCCGGUCACCGUGACCGGUGCAAAACAUGUGCUGGUCGCAAGAUACUACGGCAGAAGAAGAUUCUUGAGGUGCACAUUGAUAAAGGUAUGAAAGAUGGACAGAAAAUAGUAUUCCAUGGGGAGGGGGACCAGGAGCCUGGCCUUGAACCUGGAGACAUUAUCAUUGUAUUAGACCAAAGAGCACAUCCAGUUUUCACCAGACAAAGAGAGGACCUCAACAUGAGCAUUGAGCUACAGUUGGUCGAGUCAUUAUGUGGUUUUCAAAAACCCAUCAAGACACUAGACAACAGAACUAUACUCAUCACAUCCCAUCCAGGGGAGUUGAUCAGACCUGGAGAUAAGAAAUGUGUUCUGAAUGAAGGGAUGCCUAUGCACCGUCGUCCAUUUGAGAAAGGCAAACUCAUCAUUCUUUUCAGUGUUGUCUUCCCUGAAGAAAACUUCCUCCCAUUGAACAAACUAAAGGAGUUAGAGCGAUUCUUACCUGGAAACCAAGCAAAUACUGAGCCUGAAGGCAUGGAUGACGACCUCUAUAUAUAUGCUGACCUUGAAGACUGUGACCUGACCCAUGAACGUCACCAAUACCACUAUAUAGAGGAGGAAGACGUUUACCCUGGUGGUGGUGUACAGUGUCAAACCUCAUAGAGAUUGCUUGUCUUUUACCCCCAGUUAAACAACAAAUGCCACCUCUGCUGGAACACAAAAAAUUUAAAAUAGAAAGGACCAGGAAAUACGUUUAUUACCUCUCAACUAGUUCUGUGCCUAGAAUAAGACCUCUUAGUGCCAACCUCUUGUGUCAUUGUUUGAAACGAUGUCCCCAUCCAAAAUUGGGAGCUGAUAAUUAGUGACAAAGUGAGGGGAUCUUUAAAAUGACAUCAAGCAGAGUUUUAAGACUGGUGCCACAGAGAAUUGAAGAAGAGUUUAUAGAUAUCAGUGUAGCAGUUUAAAAAGGUGGGGCGUUCAGCUAAGUAGUUUGUUCCAUAAUCCGAGAGAAAUUUAUCUUCAAGAUUUAUUAACAUUGAGGAUCAAGUUCUCAUCAUGAGUUGGACAAACCAUUAUAAUCUUUGUUGUAUUUUAUAUAUUGCAAAUUAAUUGUGUGUUAAAUGUAAGAUAAUUUGUUGAUCUUGUUAUUGUUGGACAUUUUCUAUAUGCUGCCAUCUGAAUGCUAAAUGUUUUUGUAGAACUAUUUGAACUAAUAGGGGAAAUAACUUCAUGGUUUAAAAUGAAAGAAAAAAAGUUGAAGUUCAAAAUAAUGGCAAACUGUGAAGAAGUGGGAACUCAAAAAGCCUUAUUUUGUAGAGCAUGCUACUGUUUAAUUUGCUUAUUACGUUAACCUACUUGUAUGUUGUCGACAGUGUACUGUCUGGCCAAAUAUCAACAUUUCACACCAGGGCCACUUCCAUUUAAUUUAAUCAUGUUUGAGACAUAACUGCCAAGGAUUUUUAAUGAAAAGGAGCAUUUUCAUGUUGCAUUUGUUUGAAGUUUAUUUAACAAUUCAGACUUCUAUUUAGUAACUUGAUUUUAAAAUGAAAAAUAAUAAUAAUCAAUGUUUGGAGAAAGUUAUACACCAUUCAAUUUUUAAAUAGUUUUGCAGCCAACGCGCACACCUCUGAUUUGAGAUCAAGUCUUUUGAUCGCUUUUAUGAAAGGGUUUUUUGCCACGCAUUUCUGUUAACACAGUCCUGCUCUGUCUACAUUUCAAGGACAUUAAUUUGGAGACUGUAAAUGCAGUUUUAUUUCUUUAUAAUGCUAUUCAUUUCUUUUCUCAUGUCUCCCUGCAGAAAAGUGUUCUGUACGAUAAUUUUAUUAUCUGUAUUGUCUUUGAAGAAUACUUUUAAAAAGUGUAAAAUUAUGACCAAUAACUUUGACAUUUGUAGUUCUAUUUAUAAAUUAAAUGUAACAAUGUUAUUCAUUUAGUCAGUUUUGUAUUUGGGGGUUGGAUGUUAGAUUUACUAUAUAAUACUACACUGCGUGCCCAAUUAUUAGGCAAGUGAGUAUUCUGAUCUUAUUAUUUUUAUGCACAUUUUUAAACUCCAAACCAUAUAAACUUGAAUGCUUGUUGGAUUCAACCAUUUUCAGGUGGUAUGUAUUUGUGUAAUGAGGGAGGGUGUGGCGAAAGUGACUAACAACUUAUAUCAAGGUGUGCAUAAUUAUUAGGCAGCUUCAUUGCCUCAGAUAAAAUGGGCCAAAAAAGAGAUUUAACACACUGAGAUGUAAAAUGACUUUCAGAUGGAUGCAACACUCUUGAAAUAGCUAAACUAUUGAGGCAUGACCACCGGACAAUCAAAGGUUUUGUUGAGAAUAGACAACGGGCAUAAAAAAAAACCCAUGGAGAAGAAACGGUGCAAAUUAACUACAAAAGACUUUAAUUAAAGAAUAAUUAAAUGUGAAGCUACCAUGAACCCAUUAUCCUCCAGUGCCACCAUAUUCCAGAACUGCAACCUACCUGGAGGGCCCAGAAGUACAAGGUGUCAAGUGCUCAGAGACAUGGCCAAGGUCAAGAAGGCUAAAACAGGACCGCCACUAAAUAUAUUCACAAGUUGAAGUGUCAAGAUUGGGCAAAUAAAUACCUGAAGACAGAUUUUUCAUAGGUUUUAUGGACUGAUGAAAUGAGAGUGACUCUUGAUGGACUAGAUGGAUGGGCCCAUGGCUGGAACACUAAUGAACACGGCAUCACUUCGAGUACGGCGCCAGCAAGGUGAAGGAUGGGUACUGGUAUGGGCUGCUAUCAUUAAGGAUGAGGUAUCUGGACCUUUGCUGAAGAUGGACUGAAACCCAACUCCCAAACAUAAUGGCAGUUUCUGGAAAGUACUUUCUUCAAGCAGUGGUACAGGAAGAAGUCUUUAUGCAGGACAAUGCUCCAUCACAUGCAUCCAAGUACUCCACUGUUUGGCUAGCCAGGAGAGCCUCAAAGAUGCCCAAAUAAUGACUUGCCCCUUCCUCACCUGACAAACUCGUGGGCCCAUCUGAAAUGUGAGAUUUACUGUGAGAGAAGACAAUUCACCUCUUUGAACAGCAUUUGGGAGGCUGUGGUUGCUGCUUCAGCCAAAGCUGAUUAUGAACAGAUAAAAAAAAACUGACAGAAUCCAUGGAUGGAAGGCUCAUGGCAGUUAUUGAAAAGGGUGGCUAUAUUGGUUUCUAAACAUUUUUGAAAGGCCAAAAAAAUUAUUUUUAAUUGUCAUUUUGUGUUACUUAUUUAUUGAAUAAACAAUUGAG